AAGUUGUUAAAUAAUAUCCAUCCUUAAGUCAUGGUGGCUGCAGUGAGUAGUAAGGCUAAGACGUCCAAGAAAGUGGCCACAAAGGGGUCGGUGAAGAAGGCCAGCGGCAAGAAGAUCGCGGGGUCUUGGGCUAGACUUAGAGGAGUAGUGCGGUUGGGAAGGCUUCCCACAGGUUUCUACGAACCAGAGAUCCGCAAAUUCCUGUCCCAGUUUGGCACCAUUACGCGCCUCCGUUUGGCUCGGUCGAAGCGAAGCGCUCGUUCGAAGGGGUAUGCCUUCGUUGAGUUCAAGUCGCAUGAUGUUGCUGAGAUCGUGGCGAAGGAUAUGGACAAGUACUUCAUCAUGCAGAAGCCUAUCAGUGCUAAGCUCUUGGAGCCAAGCCAGGUUCAUGAGUCCCUCUGGGAUGGCUGCACUAAGACCGGCAAGGGCCGUGGCAUUAUUAACAUGAAACGCAUUCACGUUAAGGACAAUAAAGAGAAGCAUAACAGUCGUCCUGUCGAUGAGAAGACUGGCUUGCCUGUUGUUAGUGAGUCGGCUAAGGCUCGUAAAGAGGCCAAGAAGGAGGCGUUGAAGAGCAAGUUGGAGGCCGCAGGGGUGAAGUAUGAUCUGCCGUGAUAACAACUAUUGCUUCCUCCAAGACGUCUUUACCAUAAUAGGCCUUCUUGUACGUAGUACCCACUCAG